CUCUGACAGCGACACUCCUCCCUCUGCCCUCCUCCUCCAGCUAUUUGCCAGCCGCCCUCGACGACAGACAGCCAGCCGCUCGCCGACCUGCUGCUGCGCGGAACCCUAUCGUCUCCCUCCGAGCACCGGCGUCGUUUAUUCCACCUGCGCGGGACCUUCACGGACCGGCCAGCGAGUUCGGUCGCCUCUUUUUCUUUUGUUUGGGGGGAAUUUAAGUCUUUGUGAGCUUUGUUCUCAAAUUGCCCUUCAAGACAUAUGGAGAAAAUGGCCAGACCUCUUCCUAUAAACCCAACUUUUCUGCCGCCGACUCACGGCGUGCUGAAAUCCCUGCUGGAGAAUCCGCUGAAGCUGCCUUUCCACCACGAUGAAGGAUUCGGGAAGGACAAGGAGAAGGAGAAGAAGCUGGACGAUGAGAGCAGCGCAGCCAGCCAUCCACAGUCGGCUUUCCUUGGCCCGACCCUCUGGGACAAGACCCUGCCCUACGAUGGGGACAACUUUCAGCUGGAGUACAUGGACCUGGAGGAGUUCCUGUCGGAAAACGGCAUCCCCGCCAACUCGGCCCAGAGCGACCAGGCCCCGCAGACGGCGCAGCCGCCGCAGGCCCCUCUGCAGCAGGCCCCGCCACCUGCCCCGCCCACGCCCUCCGUGGUUGACCUCAGCAGCCGUGCCACCACAUCGGUUCACACGGGCAUGGCGCCUCAGACCUGCCUCCACAGCCCCAGCACAGCAGCCCGGGACACCCCCAGCCCCAUCGACCCAGAGUCCAUUCAGGUGCCCGUGACCUAUGACCCCGACCCAGCAGACCUGGCUCUGUCCAGCGUGCCGGGCCAGGAGAUGUUUGAUCCGAGGAAACGCAAGUUCUCUGCCGAAGAGCUGAAGCCACAGCCGAUGAUCAAAAAAGCCCGCAAGGUCUUCAUCCCCGAGGACCUGAAGGAUGAUAAGUACUGGGCCCGGCGCAGAAAGAACAACGUGGCAGCCAAGCGGUCAAGGGACGCCCGGCGGCUGAAGGAGAACCAGAUUGCCAUCCGCGCCUCCUUCCUGGAGAAGGAGAACGCCGCUCUCCGCCUGGAGGUAGCGGACUUGAGGAAGGAGCUGGGCCGCUGCAAGAACGUUCUGGCUAAAUACGAGACCCGGCACGGGCCCCUGUGAGCCCUCAAAUCCCCACCCUGCCCAUCCAGCACCACCACCAUGCCCCCUCCUUCCACCUGACACCCACUCUACUCCCCAGACCUCCCUUCCCCUCGAAUUUGAAGGACAAUGUGUCUCUUUUGGUGGCACUGAAUCCCCCCCCCAGUACCCCCUGGCCCUUGAGCCCCUUCUCCUCCCACACCAACACACACCUGUAUGAUUCUGGUAUUUUUGACUUCUAUCAUAAGCUUCAAUUUGUCUGUACCUUCUUUUAAUUUCUGUACACAUUGUUUGACUAAAUAUAUAUACAUAUACAUGGAUAAUGAUAUAUAUAUAUUUACACCUGCAUACUUCCCACUUUAAUGUACUGUGAGGAGUCAUGAGCCAACCCACCAGCUGAAUCCCCCCACCCGCUACCUUCCACCUUUUGAGAAGUGAUGCCAUGUUUGUUGUUCACUUUCAUACCGAUUUUAUACGUGACAUCAGGACUGAAAACUGUCAUUUCCUUUCUUCUUCGUGUCCCCGUAACGAGCUUAAGCGCCCGCUUCCUGCUUCAAACUUGCGUUUUGUUUUUGUUUUUUAAGCCCUGUUAAAGUUGUCUUCUUCUGUUAACAACAUCAUCUCUUUUUUUUGUUCAUGUUGUAUUUUAGUUGGGUAACUCCGCCCCCCCCUACGUAAAGAAAACAUGUCUCUUCCUCUGCAGUCAUGCCCAUUUUUCUUUCCUUCAUCUCUCUCGGACACUGAGCAAUAAUUCCUGUCCACCGCUAACCCGACACAAGCAUCUCUUAGCUCCGCCUUCUCUCCACAUUGCAUCCUAGCUCGUUAACUAAGCUAACGUUAGUUGACAUCUGCACUAAUGCGUGUCUCACAAUCUGAUCCAGUGCAAUGUUUCCACUCGCUCAAUUUCCUCUAACUCAUAUUUAUCUACCUUUUAUUUCUCAGAUGGAAGAUUGUUGUUUUGAGAAAAAAAAUAUAUAUAUAUACAUAUAUAUUUCUGUUGAUAUAAUUGUUAGUAUUAAUACUACUCUUGACAUUGAUGUUAUUUAGCCUCCUUGUUUUUCAGAUUUAAGCAUGAUUUCUUUGACAGAAUGAAAAGCUCUUUGCGGUUAUUUUCUCCCUUUUUUUUUCCUUUUUUUUGUUUUGUUUUUGCAAAGUUGUUGAUUUUUUUUUGCUUCUGUUCAACUUAGCAUGAUUAAUAUGAGUGUUUUUACUUUAGAAAUCAAUCCAGAUGUCUGUAGUCUCUCCUCAUAGCUCUAUGUUUGCCUUCUUUUAAAGAUGGCUGUAUGAAUGUAAAAGGUGUUGACAAAAAGAGUUGGAUGGUGUUGUCCAAUACUGUGGUUAACCCAAUCGAUUUGUUUACUGCAGACCAAACGAUUCACAACAGAGAUGAUAUAUUGGUUACAAGAGAUAUGUUUAUAUAGACCUAUUCUAUAAGUUGUUCUUUUUUGUACAGUAUUUUUCCUAUACAUUACUGAACUGUGUAUUUUAAAGGCACAACAGAUCCAGAAAAUAAUUAAAGAAUACAAAUGUAUAACUCAAAGACAAAUGCAUAUACUGGUAUUUUGAUAUUCUGUAACAGGUAGGAUGUGGUAGAUUUACAGAGAUUUGUGGACAUCCAGCGGCACCCAAAAAGCUCCCAGGCAUCGUUAUUAUUAUGACACUCUGGUUUGUGCAGGUGCCACGUUUAGGCUCCCAUAUAAAUCUCAUGUAACUUAAAAGAAGCAAAUGCGGUUCAGAAGAGAGAUUUGGGCCCGCGCACGUUCACCGCGGUUAGCGUCACAGCCUCCCCGGGGAUCCGAAGCUGCCCGUGAGCAAGCUUUUAAUUGAAUUUCCUGCUACAUAAUGAAACACUUCACACAGCUCGUUGGUUUUCUUCUUCGAUGGGAUGAAGUUACUAUGAAGGAAGGGAAAUCUGUCGCUGGUUACUCUUGCUGCUCCGUGCGAUUGGUUCCUUUUGGCCAAUGCACUUGUAACGUGUCCCGAACCUGAGUGAUAGACACCGAGAAGCUUUUUUUUUUUUCUUCUUCUUCUUUAAACAAAGGCUGACAGUGAAGAUCUACAACGUUGUUGUAGUGUAGAAAUUUCCGAGCAUUCAGUCCAAUGCUGAAGCUUCAGCUUAUUGUAUGGAAGUUCAGAUGUGCCAGCAUUAAAAUGAAAUUAAUGGAAUUUUUCUGCAGUGGAUCAUCUGGUAACAAAAUUACCACCCACCACUUUUUUUGGUCCUUAUCCUUGUUUUUCUACACGUAAUAAACUCAGUUUGUGGUUUUAUGUGCUGGAGUAUUGGAGAUGAUAUUCCCAAAUACGGAAUUAUUCAUGUAAUCCAGCACGUAUGGCAUUUUCCACAUGAAUGUUACAUUCCUGCACAACUCACAUUUUAGUAGGUUAAAGUCUAAUUUAUCUAUUUGCAUUUUGAAAGUAAGUAAAUCUCUAUAAUUGGUAAACAGAACUUUGAUUUGAGUAAAUGAUUUUAUUUUCUUACUGGCAUCCCUGGACUUGUUAUGUUUGUGGUGACGUGUUGAAAUUUUAGUCGUGAAUUUCCAUUUUGUUCUUUACGAAGUUGGAAGAAAAAAGGAACGACCCCAAAAAAGGCUGAUAUCCGCCCAGUAAAACAAAACUCACACAUUCCAGCCUCAGCACCAGAGUCUGUUGAACGUAAUCUAUCUGAUCCAAAGGCGUGCGCGAUGUAAAAUGAUUAUUUUGUAACUGUAAACUAUCAUCUCAGUGCUUCAGCGCUUUAGACGUUUCCUUCUCCAUCCUAGCUGCACAGGCACACGGGAGAGCGUAAACAGAGUUUGCGGUAAAGACUGGAACAAUGCCUCCAGAAUCUCCGGAGCACCUUUCUAUGAAAUCGUAUGCCGUGCGUGUAUAUAUAAAUACAGGAGAAAGCCAAUAAUGAACCCACGUGUAUCCCAAAAUGACCUCACUGUCAAGUGAUUUCACUACCUCACCCGGAAAUGUUAUCCAUAAUCCUGAGUCUAUUCCAGUGCCUUGAAUACACCGACUGUUUCCCAGUCUCUCAGCAAUGUAGUUUUCAUCGCAGCGCCACUCGGAUAAGUUCAGAUCUGCACUGAAGGGCUUCUUAGUGCAUCAAAAUAUCUACACAUUAUAUAUACUAAUAACUCUCUCAUGUCUUAUUUUGGACAUUACACCAGAACUGUAACCAUUGUAUUCAUGGCAACACCAAAAGACUGUUUCAGAGUGUGCGGCUUAGAGUACUCGGUCUUGCUUGUCAUGGAAUGGAUGCAUAACAUUUACUUGUGCUGUUCAGCCCUCAGCCUCUGUACAUUGUAGUGUCUAAUAAAAUCCCAGUGCUUUUCUG